AUAAAUGAUAUUUGUAUUAACAAAUGUAAAGAAGCUGCCAGGAUUGUGAAAGGUCCUGUACUUAUUGAAGAUACUUGCCUUUGCUUCAAUGCUAUGGGUGGCCUUCCAGGGAGGUUAUGUCUGGCUGAAUGUAAAUAGCAAUGAUGAAUUUGAUGUUCCAAUUGGAGUCAAAAUACUUGCCACACAGGGCAAAAGUAUUAGAAUCCAGGAUGAUAGUGGUGAGGAAACGACGGUUGCAGCAGACCUAGUGCUGAAACCAAUGCAUACAACAAGCAUACGUGGUGUAGAAGACAUGAUUAUGUUGGCUGAUUUGCAGGAAUAUACCAUUCUCAGAAAUCUUCACUAUCGUUACAACCAAGGCUUGAUUUAUACAUACACAGGGUCAAUCCUAGUGGCUGUUAACCCAUACCAAGUUCUACCCAUCUACACAAGCAAAGAGGUUGCAUUGUACAAGGACCACAAGUUGGGAGAGCUUCCUCCUCACAUUUUUGCUAUUGGAGACAACAGCUUCUCUGACAUGAGAAGAUUCCAACAGAACCAGUGUGUUGUGAUAAGUGGUGAGAGUGGUGCAGGAAAGACGGAAAGCACAAAACUGAUUCUACGCUAUUUGGCAGCCGUAAGUGGGAAACAUUCCUGGAUUGAACAGCAGAUCCUUGAGGCAAAUCCUAUUCUAGAAGCCUUUGGAAAUGCUAAAACUGUCCGAAAUGAUAAUUCAUCAAGAUUUGGAAAGUACAUAGACAUUAACUUCAACAGUGAAGGGGCGAUAGAAGGUGCUCAGAUUGAACAGUACCUCCUCGAGAAGUCCCGCAUUGUCUCACAGAACCAUGGAGAACGUAACUACCAUAUUUUCUACAGCAUGUUGGCAGGACUGAGCCAGGAUGAAAAGAAAUCCUUGGGCCUGGAAGAUGCAUCACAGUAUAUUUAUCUUACAGGGGGAGAAAGUUUGAUUUGUGAUGGACGUGAUGAUGCUGCUGAGUUUGCUGAUGUUAGAUCUGCCAUGAAAGUGCUCAACUUCUCUGAUGAGGAAAUACUGAAUAUUGUCAGAUUACUUGCAGCCAUUCUUCAUCUGGGUAAUGUGAAAUAUAAUGGACUUGUUAUUGCAAAUAUUGAUGCUGCAGAAAUUCCUGACCAUUCACAAGUUCAGAAAGUUGCAGCUAUUGUGGGGGUUUCCAAAGACCUACUUGUUGAUGCCCUUACAAGAAAGACAAUUUUUGCACAUGGAGAGAAAGUGGUAUCUAACCUAUCUGUAGAACAAGCUGUUGAAGUUCGAGAUGCAUUUGUGAAGGGAAUUUAUGGUCAGCUCUUCAUUAUGAUUGUAGAAAAAAUCAAUAGUACCAUCUUCAAACCCAAAGCAAAAACAAAGAAUUCGAUUGGCGUUCUGGAUAUUUUUGGAUUUGAAAAUUUUGACACCAACAGUUUUGAGCAGUUGUGCAUCAACUUUGCCAAUGAGAACUUGCAGCAGUUCUUUGUUCAGCAUAUUUUCAAGCUGGAACAGGAUGAAUACACACGUGAGGGCAUCAGCUGGCAACACAUGUCAUUUGUUGACAAUCAAGAUAUUUUGGACCUCAUUGGGAUAAAGCCCAUCAAUAUUAUGUCUUUAAUUGAUGAGGAAUCAAGAUUUCCAAAGGGUACUGAUGAAACCAUGUUAGCUAAGGUUCACAAGACACAUGAAGGCAAUAAGAACUACUUGAAACCUAAGUCUGACAAAAUACCAGCUUUUGGGUUGAGUCACUUUGCUGGAGCAGUGUUCUAUGAUGUAAAAGGCUUCCUGGAAAAGAACCGAGACUCAUUCAGCACAGACUUGAAACAGUUGGUGCACAUUGCUAGCAACAAGUUCCUGAAGAAUCUGUUUAUUGAGGAAUUGUCAUUCAACCAGCACGACACAAAGAAGCGGACCAUGACCCUGUCUGCACAGUUCAGGAAAUCACUUGAUGUGCUUAUGAAGACACUAAGCAGUUGCCAUCCAUUCUUUGUGCGGUGUAUAAAACCUAACACUCUUAAGAAACCGAAGGUGUUUGAUCGAAGCCUGUGCUGCAGACAGCUCCGCUACUCUGGUAUGAUGGAAACCACCAAAAUUAGAAGAGCUGGUUAUCCAAUCCGUCACUCAUUCCGAGAGUUUGUUGAGAGAUACAGAGUCCUUUUGCCAGGAACUCCUCAUGCACAUAAGACUGACUGUAAAGCUGCAUCAAGUAAAAUCUGUCAUCUAGUGCUGGGGAACCAAGACUAUCAGCUGGGACAUAACAAAGUAUUCCUGAAGGAUGCUCAUGAUACAUUUCUGGAGCAGGAGAGGGAGAGAGUUCUUACAAAGAGCAUUUUGGUGCUCCAGAGGAGUGUCCGGACAUGGGUAUAUCGGAAGAGAUUCUUGCGACUUCGUUCAGCUGCAUUGUCACUGCAGAAAUACUGGCGUGGUCGUGGUCCUCGUUUGCAAUACCAGAAGAUGAGGCAAGGCUACCUUCGACUCCAGGCUCUGCUUCGUUCAAGGAACCUCAAGCACAGCUUCAGUAAUAUCCGUUCUCAUAUUUUGAAGUUCCAGGCAUACUGUCGUGGUUACCUGGUGCGUCAGACACUGAAGGAGAAAUCCCAGUUGAAAAAGAGAAGACUCCAAGAACUUCUCCAGCUGAGGAAGAAGGAAGAAACAGAGCUUAAGAAAGCUGGACAUAAGAACUACAAAAAAAUUGCAGAAGAAAAUUAUAAGAAACGUCUUCUUGAGUUGGACAUUGAGAUAAAAGACUUAGAACCUGAAAGCACUCUUUACAUGGAAGAUGAACCUCCAGAUGUUGACACAAUAUUUGGUUUCCUUGAUCCAAAAAUUAGUGACAGUGUUCAUGUUUCUCCAGGUACCACUGUGUAUGGGGUUAUGGCUACUGGGAAACAUGACCAGGAGAUAAUAGGCCUGCCACAGACUGAAGACACUAUGGAAAACUUGUCUGAAUUCAACUUCAGAAAGUAUGCAGCAAUGUAUUUCUGUGGAAAUGUCAACUACCAGUAUUCCAGGAAGCCCAUCAAGCAUUCACUUCUAGACCUUCCACUACCAGCUGACCAGUUGGCUGCUAAAGCUCUUUGGGUUACCAUUCUACGGUUUAUGGGUGACCUUCCAGAACCACGUUAUGAUACUGAAGACCCAGACAAUAUACCUGUAAUGUCAAAGAUAAAUCAAACAUUGACCAGGAAUUUUCUUAAUAGCAAGGAAUAUAAGGAUGCUGAGAGACAGAUCCAGGAAGAAGAAAUGGCAUUGAAAAGGAUGUCUCUAGCAGAGAGGCGAAAAAUGAUUUCCAUGACUCUCAAGCACAAGAACAAGCUGAAUGAAAAUGUGCGAGGUUUGCUGCAAGAUGAGUCUGCUGUUAGUGACUAUACUCUUUGGCUGGAGGGUCGACGCACUACUAACCUGGAAAAGCUCCACUUCAUCAUAGGACAUGGCAUUCUAAGACCUGAGCUCAGGGAUGAGAUCUACUGCCAGAUCUGUAAACAACUGACAAACAAUCCAACAAAAUCAUCACAUGCCCGUGGUUGGAUCUUGUUGUCAUUGUGUGUGGGCUGCUUCCCACCUUCAGAGGAAUUUGUUAAGUACCUCAAAAAUUUUAUUCGUGGAGGGCCACCUGGUUAUGCACCUUACUGUGAAAGUCGACUUGAUAGGACAUUCAAAAAUGGACCUCGCACUCAGCCUCCUAGUUGGAUUGAGCUCCAGGCCAUUAAAUCGAAGAAACCAAUAGUGAUAGACGUGACUUUCAUGGAUGGUACUGUGAAGAAACUGAGUGCAGAUUCAGCUACAACUGCUGAAGAAUUGUGCAACCAACUGUAUGAAAAUAUCAAACUUAAGGAUCAUUUUGGAUUUUCUCUCUUCAUUGCUCUGUUUGAUAAGGUAUCUUCUCUUGGAAACAAAGGAGACCAUGUUAUGGAUGCCAUAUCCCAGUGUGAGCAAUAUGCUAAGGAGCAAGGAGCUCAGGAGAAAAAUGCACCCUGGAGAUUAUUCUUCCGCAAGGAGAUAUUUACACCUUGGCAUGAUCCUACAGAGGAUUCAGUGGCCACUGAUCUCAUUUAUCAGCAAGUGAUUCGAGGAACCAAGUUUGGUGAAUACAGAUGUGACAAGGAAACUGACAUCGCCAUGAUGGCUGCUCAGCAGUAUUAUGUGGAGAAUGGUGCAAAUUUGGAUCCAAGACACUUAUCCAGUCUGCUGCCGAAUUACAUUCCUAACCAGUUCCUGAAAAGUAGUGGAGGACUCAGCAGAUGGGAAAAACUUGUUGCAGAUGCCUUCCAGAAGAGUUAUUUUGCAAAAGAACAAGUACCUGAAACAAAGGUGAAAGAGGAUAUUGUGGCAUAUGCCAUGAUGAAGUGGCCACUUUUAUUUUCAAGAUUUUAUGAAGCAGUGAAAAUAUCAGGACCAGAAAUGCCAAAGUACAACAUCAUACUGGCAGUGAGCUGGACUGGAAUUUAUUUUGUUGACGAUGAAGAACAAGUUUUGUUAGAGUUGUCUUUCCCAGAAAUCACUAGUGUGGGUCACAAUAAGACAAAUCAGGGAGUAGUGCCUUUGUUUUCACUUUCAACAAUCCAUGGUCAUGAGUUUGUGUUCCAAUGUGUAACUGCUGAGGAUUUCCAUGAGCUGGUGAGCUACAUGCUAGAUGGCUUGAAGAAACGCUCCCGGUAUGUCAUAGCUCUGCAGGACUACAGCCCACCAGUUGAUGGUCAGUCAGUGCUCAUAUUGCAAAAGGGAGACAUGAUUGAGCUGACAGAUGGAAAUCUGGGAGAAAGUGUGCUGUCAGGUGAAUGGGGUGAAGGCCUGUGUGAGAGGACACAAGUGAAGGGUUGCUUCCCAGUGGAGAGUGUAUAUGUGUUACCUGCAAUAAAACGACCACCAUCAGAUAUUUUAGCUUUAUUCAAGAAGGGGGAUCCAUUUGGUAAGCAGAAUCAGCAGAAAAUAAAUUUGACACACACUCGUCACAAGCUGUACACACUUGCUGAAUAUGCCAGUCAACAUUUCAGGGCCAGUCAGGUUGUCACAGUCCCCAAAGGCCAAAUACUGACAUCAGCAAAGCGCUCCACACAGGAGGAACUGUGGAAACACUCUCGUGAGCCCCUUAAACAACCACUGUUGCAAAAGCUGAUAGAGCAUGAGGAACUGGCAGCUGAAGCAUGUACAGCAUUCACUGCUGUCCUCAAAUACAUGGGAGACCUGCCCACCAGACAUGCACGUGCUAGUACAGAGUACACAGACAAGAUAUUCAGUGGUCCACUGAAAAAUGACAUGUUACGUGAUGAGAUGUACUGCCAGAUAAUGAAACAGCUGACAGACAACAGGAAUCGGCUGAGUGAAGAAAGAGGUUGGGAACUUAUGUGGAUGGCUACUGGGCUGUUUCCUUGUAGUCAAAAUCUAUUGAAGGAACUGACACGGUUUCUACGUUCUCGUCAACAUCCUCUUGCACGAGAUUCUUUGCACCGUAUUCAAAGAAUUCUUAGGAAUGGGCAGAGAAAGUAUCCACCUCAUCAAGUGGAAGUUGAAGCUAUCCAGCACAAGUCCACACAGAUCUUCCACAAGGUCUACUUCCCUGAUGACACAGAUGAGGCUUUUGAAGUGGACUCUUCCAGCCGUGCUAGAGAUUUGUGUCAGAAUAUAGCAGAACGACUGGAUCUGCAAACAAAUGAAGGUUUUAGCUUGUUUGUGAAACUCUGGGAUAAGGUUUUCUCUGUCCCAGAAGGAGAUUUCUUCUUUGAUUAUGUACGUCUGCUCACUGACUGGAUGAAGAGGGCACGGCCAUCACGUAGUGCUGGAGGUGUUAAUUAUCAGUAUCAAAUAUUUUUCAUGAAGAAACUGUGGCUUAAUACAAUCCCAGGAAAGGAUAAGAAUGCUGAUCUUAUAUUCCACUUUCCUCAGGAAAUGCCAAAAUAUCUCAGAGGCUACCACAAAGUCAGCAAGAAUGAUGCAAUUAGAAUAGGGGCUCUUCUUUAUAGAACUAAAUUUGGAGACAGUAAAGCAGAGCUUCAGCUAGUUCCUCAAAUCCUUGGAGAAUUGGUGCCAACAAACCUGCUGAAAAUACAGAGCACAAGCGACUGGAAGAAAUCUAUCUCUUCUGCCUUUGCACAGAAUUCAGGUAUGAAGACUGAUGAAGCGAAGGAAGCUUUCUUGCAGUACAUCAACACUUGGCCCACUUUUGGAUCUGCAUUCUUUGAUGUGAAACAGACAACUGACACCAGUUAUCCAGAAGUCAUUACCAUCGCCAUUAACAAGAGAGGUAUCAGCAUAAUCCAUCCUCACACCAAGGAAAUUCUGGCUGUGCAUCCAUUCACUCGCAUUUCCAACUGGUCAUCAGGGAACACAUUCUUCCAUGUCUCAAUUGGGAACAUGGUACGAGGCUCCAAAUUGCUGUGUGAGACUUCGCUUGGGUACAAGAUGGAUGACUUGCUUACAUCUUACACUUCUCUCCUAGGCUCUUCUCUCAAUGUUGGACGAACCUAGCUGUAAUUAUGAAGUAAUGAUGCUAGUUUAUGUCACAUUAUAUACUUUUUAAAACAGAGUUUACAGAAAGAAAAUAUAUGUAUAAAAGUUUUAUUUUAGUAAAUUAUUUAAGAUUAUUUAUGAAUCACAAUUCUUAAAUAUGAUAUUUAGGUUGCAUAGUAAAGAAGCACAGCAACAAAGGGGUGUCCUGCCAGUUUGUUGACAAGGGUUUUGUGCCAGCAAAUAGUGUUAUUGUUUUUAUUCUUGAAUAAAUCUAAAUGAUAUAAAACAA